AUGGAUCAGUAUUCCGACGACAAGAAGGAGUCUCGUAAAUUGACCCUAUUCGGAGGAAGCGUAGGAUGGUCGCCUGAGGACUGGACGGCCAGCGACGACAGCGUCCGGGGCGGGAAAUCAGAAUCGCAUCUGGAGAUCGAUGGAGAUACUGCUCGCUUUCAUGGAACGCUGGACAUCAAGACACUAGGCGGUGCGGGCUUCGCUAGCCAGCGCACCACUGGGGACGACCGCGAAUGGAAUCUUUCUGAUUAUGCGGGCAUUCAGUUGGAUGUCGCGAAGGGUGACAAGAAGCGAUACACUUUCAUUUUGAAAGACGAGUUGUUACCACCAGACGAGAAAUCUGGUAGAGAACAAUCGACCAUCUCCUGGGAAUGCGACUUCGAGCUGCCGCCACAGACAAAGCCGGGUGAUGUCUGCGACAAGUCGGUCUACAUCCCUUGGGAUAGCCUGAAUCCUACGUACAGGGGCAAGCUAAAGAAAGAUGCCGACCCCCUAGACCUCAAGAAAAUCAAGCGGAUAAGCAUCAUGAUGCGAAGCUUCUUCGGCUCACAGGAAGGCGACUUCUCCUUGAAGAUCAAGACUUUGGCCGCCCUGGAAAAGGCGCCAAAGUCCGCCGGGCUGAAAAGCCCAUCCGUGUAUGAUCCUCAGCGCUUGGAGGAUGGAACGAAUGCGAUCGCACAACAACCUAAUCGCCCGCUGAGAGGUCCUGGCAGCUCGUGGCUGGCCGAUGCCACUGUGCAAAAGUCGGCGCUCACCAUUGCUCUUGUGGUUGGAGCACUGCUCCUUUACAAGUAUCCAGGCUACUUGUAUACUCGAGGCCGUUAA